GCUGCCCCGCGCCCGCGCCCGUAUCCGCAUCGCCUCGUCCUGCAGCGCAGCGCAUCGAGCGAGCGUUUGGUGGGCCUGCGCAGCGACAUUCGGCAGCGUCGCACUGAAAUCUGCGAGUCUGCAAGUCUGCGAGAGCAGAGAGAUUCGCAAGCCUUCAUUGAAUGUGUGUGGUCCAUGUCGGGGUGGUGUCCUCGUGGUGGGAACGUCGUACUUACUACUGAGUCGUUGUAGUAAGUGAGCUCUAUCUUCUGCCAAGCGCAGCGCACGUGCCCUGGGUCUGGGUCUGAGUGGGCAGGUCGCGAGCAAUUGUGUGGAAAGGUCGUCUGCGCGCGGAGAGGUUCCGAUUUGAGGUUUUAGAAGAGGAUUCUCGAAGGGAAAUUUGAUUUUCCUCUUUAUGGAUUUUGCCAUCCCUGUGUACUGCUGCAUUGUGUCCCUUCACUCCGGGGUGAGACGCGACGAGGAGCUCAUGAGUCGCGGACAUGCCCUAUCCUCCUUGGCGCGUGCAUCGUCUGCGUGAUUUUUGAGUGUCAGAUUCCGGAAGCGUUUGCAUUAUUAGAUGAACAAUUCUGCUGCAUCUUUCGCUACCUGGCUGUAGGGCAGCGGCUUUUUGUUGCGACUGCACGCUUGAGCGCCUUGCCCAUGACGUUGGAUGCGAGGAAUGGCGGUGCGGUAGAGAGAACUGGUAAUUCCUUAUCAAGCGAUUUGCGGUCUGUUCUCACUGGGACCUCAAGAAUGUUUGAACUUUUCACAUCCACUUUCGCUGUCAUGAAGGACAGAAUCGGGGCUCGUCGAAAGGUUGUGGACUCGCAACUGAACGAAUCAGAAGCUUUGGCUCAGAAUCCAUCAGAUUCGUCCUCGUUAUCUGUGCUGGGCGCCGGUAGUUUUGCUCGUGCCAACUCUCUGCUGGAGAGAUCCCCUCCAGCACCUGCGUCCAAGGGCAAGAAAAGUAACCCAGCAACUAGGAGCAGUAUUAACCACAUUGGAGCCCGUAUUGGAGCAAAAGCCCGGUCAGCAGUAGUUUCGAUUGGUACAAAUCAGAGCAGUGAACAACUUGUUCCCUCGUUCAACGACGGCACAUUCAGUAGUUCUCAGUCUACGGCGUCAGGGAAAGGAGACGAUGGCUAUGAAGUCUCUGGGAAUGGGACGACUUUCGAUGAGCCAGUGGCAAAGUUGGAAUCGAAGCUUACGGACGUACGUAUGUCCGAGGAGGAGCAUUUGGCUGUCUCAUUAAAUGGGGUAAAGGGGUGGAACGUGCGAGCAAAUCCCGCGAUCAUGAGAAGCGUUAACCCGAUUAGAAGAAUUACAGAUACUCUGGUUUUGAACAAAGAAAACGGGAAGAAUUUGAUUUCGCUCGCCGUCGGUGAUCCCGCUCUAUUCGGACCUCACAUGAAAGUUCCUGAUGUUGCCAAUUCUGCUGUAAUAGACGUGGUUAGAGACGGACGAUACAAUGGGUACACACUUUCGAGUGGUCUUCUCGAAGCCAGGAGGGCUGUCGCGGAAUAUCUCUCGGAUGGUUUAGAUCAUCGUUUCGAUGUCGACGACGUGAUAAUGACCUCCGGGUGUUCGCAAGCAAUCCAACAUUGUCUCGAUGUCCUCCGGUUCGACGGAUGUAAUUUUCUUAUUCCUAGACCAGGAUUUCCGGUGUAUGAAACGCUUUGCUCGUAUUACGGCGUGGAAUGCAGACAUUAUGAUCUGCUUCAGGAUAGGUCUUGGGAAGUAGAUCUUGUACAGGUUUCUAAACUGGCGGAUAACAAUACAGCAGCAAUAAUUAUUUGCAACCCAGGAAAUCCUUGCGGUACGGUGUUCGAGUAUGACCACCUAUCUCAGAUAGCAGCGACUGCAGAAAAUCUGAGAGUGCCCAUAAUCGCUGAUGAGGUGUAUUCGAGUUUGGUUUUUGGUCAAAAUCCAUUCAUUUCUAUGGCCAGAUUUUCAACAAAAGCUCCCGUCUUGACGGUCGGUGGGGUUUCCAAGAACUGGCUAGCCCCAGGUUGGAGACUAGGAUGGCUGGCUGUGUCGGAUCCUCGCGGUAUACUCGUCCAUGCAAGGGUUCGGGAGGCCUUCACCAAACUUGCGCAGAUUACGCCUGGAGCUUGUACUUUGAUGCAGGCUGCACUACCCGCUCUGCUGAGAAGCACACCAGCUACUUUUUUUGAAAACGUCCUAGACUCAUUACGAUCAGGAGCGCAGUUAUGCUAUAAACGAGUUGAGAAAAUUGCUGGGCUGGACUGCCCCUGGAGACCGCAGGGUUCCAUGUUCAUGAUGGUGAGAAUAGACCCAGCUGCCUUUCUAGAGAUGAGGAACGACGUGGAUUUUUCCGCGGCUCUUCUUAAAGAGGAGUCCGUACUCGUUCUCCCAGGUUCAGCUUUCGGACGGUCAAAUUGGAUUAGAAUUGUGUUCGGGUUGUCAAUGGUUCAACUUGGCGAAGCAUGGGAUCGUAUUGAAGGAUUUUGUAAACGACACGCUCUGUCGGAGUAGGCCUGGGUUAAUGUACAAUAUUUAAGGGAGUUAUACCCGUCAACAACUGGGACUGUUCUACGAAUUAAUCAAGCAUCCGGAGUAUUCCAAUUAUAAUUUGUAACAUAAAUGCUAGUGAUUAAUCCAAAGUGAAAGUAAUUUUCGUUUCAUCAAAUGAGACACCAUUUUUCGCUGUAUACGUUUCGCUUGUUCACUGGUCAUGUAACGUUUGCGACCAGGUAUGCUGCACUGGUUUUGCACGUUAUCAAGAUCAAUGAACCCAGUGGAAAGCCAGUUGACAAAUUCAUGAAGAAUGAAUUUGUCAACUAUUACAUUUGUCACGCCAUUGCAAUGUUCAUCUUUCGGUGUAGUGCAACGAUCUGAAUUCAUUCAACGAG